AUGGGUGUCAGUGGCAUCAGUGUCAGCAGUGUCAUUGGUAUCAAUGGCAUCAGCAAGAAGCAUCUCCGGCAUCUCCCCACUGGGAAGAGCCUGGACAGGGCAGCUGGUGGUGGUGUCACUGCUGUGGAUAUCAAUGGUGUCGGUGCCAGCGGCAUCACCACCAAGUCACAGCGCAAAGCAGCAUCGUCGCCCAACGCAUGCAGUGAAUGUCAUCAGAGCUUGGGUCAGAAGGCCGACCUGGUGAAGUUCAUGCGGACCCACACCGGCAAGAAACCCUUUGAGUGCGGCCACUGUGGGAAACGCUUCAGCGUCAGCUCCAACCUCUUCCAGCACCACCGCGGCCACACCG